AUGCUUACAUUUAUGCAAUACAAUGGUAAUACAAAUGGUUUGGAAAGUGUGAUAUUACUUUACUCAAAAACAAAACCAUCUGGGACUGCUCCGGCGCCUCCGUCUGGGACUGCGCCGGCGCCUCCGUCUGGGACUGCGCCGGCGCCUCCGUCUGGGACUGCUCCGCCGCCUCCGUCUGGGACUGCUCCGCCGCCUCCGUCUGGGACUGCUCCGCCGCCGGCGCCUCCGUCUGGGACUGCUCCGCCGCCUCCGCCUCCGUCUGGGACUGCGCCGCCGCCUCCGUCUGGGACUGCUCCGGCGCCGCCGCCUCCGUCUGGGACUGCUCCGGCGCCGCCGCCUCCGUCUGGGACUGCUCCGCCGCCGGCGCCUCCGUCUGGGACUCCUCCGCCGCCGGCGCCUCCGUCUGGGACUCCUCCGCCGCCUACGCCUCCGUCUGGGACUCCCCCGCCGCCUACGCCUCCGUCUGGAUCUCCUCCACAGUCUCCUCUGUGGUAUGCUCCACCGUCUCCUCUGUGGUCUCCUCCGCGGUCUCUCUUAAGGUCUCCACGGUCUCCAUCACCCAUACCUCCAUGGUCUCCUUCACGCUCUACACUUUCUCAACAUUCUUCUCUGAGUCCUUUAGAUUCAAACAUAAAGGAUGUAUUACGCACUUUGCAUUCAAAUGUUCUUUUUCACGUGGCGCCACCAACAGCAAAUCGAAUUAACGUUGUGAGGACAGACAUUGUUGAAAGUGCUUUCCGAGCAUUUAAAAGAAAGCAAUUCAAUCCUAAAAUGAGACUUGAUGUUGUGUUCGUUGACACCUGUGGUCUAGGUGAAGGGGCUGUGGACAAUGGUGGACCCACCAGGGAAUUUUUGACCCUGGUACUGAGAGAUCUAUUGAAUUCGCAUUUCUUUGUUGGGCCGGCAUCUGUGAAAAAUCUAGGGCUAGACUCUAUAGGACUCAGCAGAGGCACCUACCGAAUUGUUGGUAUGAUAUUAUCUGUCUGCUUAGUUCAUGGAGGACUCGGACCCCCUGUUUUUUCUAAUAGACUACUCUGCCAACUGAUUGGAGAACCCAGCCCCCCUGUUGACAUCAUGGAGGUGGACGAUGCUGACCUUAGACAACAGUUACAAAAGAUUCAAGAAGCCAAAACUGUGGAGGAGACACGAGAAGCUGCAAAUGUGGCAGCCAAUAACCUUUCACUUCUUGGGUCCCUGACAGUCAUCAGAACAUUGAGUGACCGUGAUGAUAUACUGUCGUCAUCCCUAAAUUAUUAUCUAGAGGGAAGACUUGAUGCACCUUUGAGGCAAUUGAAGGAGGGCUUGGAAACUCUGGGAGUGCUACAGGCACUAAAAAAUAACCCGUGCCUAAGAGAUCUGUUUGUUGGAGGUCCCCCUGCACCGCUAACGGCAAAACAAAUAACAGACCUCUUUAAGGUCUGUUAUUCUGAAAAAGGAAGCACGCGCCGGGUGGAGGAGGAGCGUGCAGUUGGCCAGUGGCGAGACUGGCUCAUAGACCUUGAGGGUGGAGAUGCUGUGCUGCCCUGGAAUGAAAACAUACAAAUUACUUUGGAGGAUGUCCUUAUGUUUAGCACGGGCACCAAUCGGAUUCCUCCACAUGGAUUUGAUGAGUUGCCAACAUUAGGAUUCCUUCAUGCAGAUAAGGAACAAAGACAAUUUCCAGAGGCCAAUACAUGUGGAUUAAUUUUGAGGCUGCCAAUUCAUAGUUCUUAUGAAAAAUUUAAUGAGUACAUGAUUUCUGGAGUUGUGCAGUCCCCACAUUUUGGCAUACCUUGAUUCAUUUCUGUCGAAGUUUCAUGUACAAGCAUGAUUAAUGUUUUGGUCAUACAAUAGGAUCACUUUUUUUUCAAGAAUUUGCACACAUAUGGUCCUGCUGAGGUUUUUUCAUUCUCUCCAUUAUCUUCAUUAUCUCUUUUUCCAUAAACAUCAGUGUCGUAUGGAUAAGCCUGUAAUGUCCAAUUUAUCUUAAUUUCAGUUUUGACAUUUUGACACAGAUUCUUGCAUUAUUGUUGCGGUUUUGUAAAACUGAAUGUAUAAAAUUUACCUGGUCAUGUCCCUCACUACCAAAAAAUGACUUGUAAAGAACAACCGGGCCUGUGUUGGCAUCUUAGUCUUAGUGCAUCAUGUUUACACAAUUUGCGCAACAUUCUUCUUAUUACUUGUAAAGAACAAAAUUGCUUACUAGGUCUAAUUUGGUAAUUUUGUAUUUGUAAUGUUUUUGGAACCGGUAUGUUGCAGUGUUGUACUGAAUUCUGUUAACGUAUGUAAUUGUUAACACAUUUAAACGGUGGUUUUAUGAUUCUCAGUAUUUAAUCGUCUGAGAGUUUUGUUUAAUGGCAUUUUCGCAACAUCUGCGUGUAUGUGUGUUUUCAUCACUAGCCUUUAUAAAUGCCUUAUUUCUUAGCAUUGUUACCUGACGCAAUGUUGACAAUAGGUUUUAUGGCAAAAAGCCUAGUGUUGUUGUUGCUAAGUGUUAUCAAUGUAGUUCAAAUUAAGUACUUAAAACACUGUGUCCAUUGUA